AUGGCGACUACCCUGUGUGUUCGGGAUCCCAGUGAAACCCCAAGCCUUUCUCAGGGACCUGAAGAAGAAGCAGAAAAACCUGUGAAAACUAAGACUGUUUCUUCCAGUAAUGGAGGGGAAAGUUCCAGUUGCAGCGCUGAAAAGCAAUCAGCUGACGAAGAAGCUGCAGACCUCCCAACAAAGCCUACAAAGAUCUCCAAGUUUGGAUUUGCCAUAGGUAGUCAGACGGCAAAGAAAGCAUCGGCCAUAUCCAUCAAACUUGGAUCAAAUAAGCCUAAGCAAACGGUUCCAACUCUUGCUCCAAAAACCCUUGCAGUAGCAGCAGCUUUCAAUGAAGAUGAAGAUAGUGAACCAGAAGAAAUGCCUCCAGAAGCAAAGAUGAGGAUGAAGAAUAUCGGAAGGGACACACCAACAUCGGCUGGACCAAACUCCUUUAAUAAAGGAAAGCAUGGCUUUUCCGAUAAUCAGAAGCUGUGGGAGCGAAAUAUAAAAUCUCAUCUUGGAAAUGUACAUGACCAAGACAAUUAAAUGAAGUGUUUUGAGAUUGGGGUGUGGGUGGGUGCAGUUAGAAGGAACAGUCUCCUUUUGUAAAGAAUGGUGUAAGACUA